CAACCUCGCGCACGGUCACUCUGAUUCCGUCACAAAACAAUGCAAGAUUUCGUUUCGCGGAGGAGUGAAAUAAUUGUAAAAUAAUCGCCCGUGUCCAGUGCUUUUGGAGGCCAAAUAACAGGGAGUUAGUCCCAGCGUUAAAUUAAGUCCAAUUCGAAGCCAAAACAAACUCGCGAAAUCAUAAAAAUCGAACAGUGUGACGGAGCGAAGAAUUCCUAUUGAUUUUGGGGGCCUGCAAUUUUGUGUGCAUUAAAUAUUAAGCGAAAACCGAGGGCUGGUCGCGUGGCAGCCAAUUGGCAAAUUGUUGCUCCUGCGGCACCUGGACACACAGGAUGCGGGCUGAACAGGGAGCGAAAAGCACCCGGAGGAUUGGUUAGGACUGGAGCGCGAGCAACAGCAACAGCAACCCACUGAAUCUGCGCUUUUUUUUGGGGCGUGUGUGCCAAAGCGUAAAAAACACAAAAAAGCAACCACAACAAUGGCCAACAACAGUCGAAGUCGGGCCAUUUUGAGCGUUAAUCUCGAUGCGGUCAUGGCCAACGAUCCGUUGAGGGAGCUCUUCGAGGCUUGCAAAACGGGCGAGAUCGCCAAGGUGAAGAAGCUAAUAACGCCGCAGACCGUAAAUGCCAGGGAUACGGCGGGACGCAAGUCCACGCCACUGCAUUUCGCAGCGGGUUAUGGACGCCGAGAAGUGGUGGAAUUCCUGCUGAACAGCGGCGCCUCCAUCCAGGCCUGCGACGAAGGCGGCCUGCAUCCGCUGCACAACUGCUGCUCCUUUGGCCACGCAGAGGUGGUGCGAUUGCUGCUGAAGGCUGGGGCCAGUCCGAACACCACCGACAACUGGAACUACACGCCGCUGCACGAGGCGGCCAGCAAGGGCAAGGUGGAUGUGUGCCUGGCCCUGUUGCAGCAUGGGGCAAACCAUACGAUUCGCAACUCGGAGCAGAAGACACCGCUGGAGCUGGCGGACGAGGCCACGCGGCCCGUCUUGACCGGUGAAUAUCGCAAGGACGAGCUACUGGAAGCUGCUCGCUCCGGAGCUGAGGAUCGUCUGCUGGCCCUGCUCACGCCCCUCAAUGUGAACUGUCAUGCCAGCGAUGGACGACGCUCCACACCGCUGCAUCUGGCAGCUGGCUACAACCGCAUCGGCAUCGUCGAGAUCCUGCUGGCCAACGGGGCGGAUGUGCAUGCCAAGGACAAGGGCGGCCUGGUGCCGCUCCACAACGCCUGCUCCUACGGCCACUUCGAUGUGACCAAGCUGCUCAUCCAGGCCGGCGCCAAUGUGAACGCCAACGACCUGUGGGCCUUCACGCCGCUCCACGAGGCCGCCUCCAAGAGCCGCGUCGAGGUCUGCAGCCUGCUGCUCAGCCGCGGCGCAGAUCCCACCCUCCUCAACUGCCACAGCAAGUCGGCCAUCGAUGCGGCGCCCACCAGGGAGCUCAGAGAACGGAUUGCCUUUGAGUACAAGGGGCACUGUCUGCUGGAUGCCUGUCGAAAGUGCGACGUGUCGCGUGCCAAGAAGCUGGUCUGCGCCGAGAUUGUGAACUUUGUGCAUCCGUACACGGGGGACACACCGCUCCACCUGGCCGUUGUGUGUCCGGAUGGCAAGCGCAAGCAGCUGAUGGAGCUGCUGACCAGAAAGGGAUCGUUGCUGAACGAGAAGAACAAGGCAUUCCUGACGCCCCUCCAUCUGGCCGCCGAGCUGCUCCACUACGAUGCCAUGGAGGUGCUGCUGAAGCAGGCCGCCAAGGUGAAUGCGCUGGACAGUCUGGGCCAGACGCCACUGCAUCGGUGUGCCCGUGACGAGCAGGCCGUUCGUCUGCUGCUCUCCUACGCCGCCGAUACGAACAUCGUUUCGCUGGAGGGCUUGACCGCCGCGCAAUUGGCCUCGGACAAUGUGCUGAAGCUGCUCAAGAAUCCGCCGGACAGCGAGACCCAUUUGCUGGAGGCCGCGAAGGCCGGAGAUCUGGACACUGUGCGGCGCAUAGUGCUCAACAAUCCCAUCGCGGUCAAUUGCCGCGACCUGGAUGGGCGACAUUCCACACCCUUGCACUUUGCAGCCGGGUUCAAUCGCGUGCCAGUGGUUCAGUUUCUGUUGGAGCACGGCGCCGAGGUUUAUGCGGCCGAUAAAGGCGGACUGGUGCCACUGCACAAUGCCUGCUCGUACGGGCAUUACGAAGUGACCGAACUGCUGGUCAAGCACGGAGCCAAUGUGAACGUGUCCGAUUUGUGGAAGUUUACACCGCUGCAUGAAGCAGCCGCCAAGGGAAAGUACGAUAUUUGCAAACUGCUACUCAAGCACGGCGCUGAUCCCAUGAAAAAGAACCGGGACGGAGCCACACCGGCGGAUUUGGUCAAGGAGUCGGAUCACGAUGUGGCUGAGCUGUUGCGGGGACCAUCGGCCCUACUGGAUGCAGCGAAGAAGGGGAACUUGGCACGGGUUCAGCGAUUGGUGACCGCAGAGUCGAUCAAUUGCCGGGAUGCGCAGGGCAGGAACUCCACACCGCUGCACCUGGCCGCGGGAUACAAUAAUUUUGAGUGUGCCGAGUAUCUGCUGGAGAAUGGAGCGGAUGUCAAUGCGCAGGACAAGGGCGGACUUAUACCCCUGCACAAUGCCAGCAGCUAUGGCCACUUGGAUAUUGCCGCACUGCUGAUCAAGCACAAGACGGUGGUGAAUGCCACCGACAAGUGGGGAUUCACACCGCUGCACGAGGCGGCCCAAAAGGGACGCACUCAGCUGUGCUCGCUGCUGCUGGCCCACGGCGCGGAUGCCUACAUGAAGAACCAGGAGGGACAGACGCCCAUCGAGCUGGCCACGGCGGAUGAUGUCAAGUGUCUGCUGCAGGAUGCGAUGGCCACCUCGUUGAGUCAGCAGGCGUUGAGUGCUUCCACGCAAUCGCUGGCCAGCAGUUCCCCGGCCCCAGAUGCCGCCGGACCAGGAGCAGCGGCAGCAAGUGCGGGUGCGGGUGCAGGCACAUCAUCCUCGUCCUCAUCCGCCAUCCUGUCGCCCACCACGGAAACGGUGCUGCUGCCCACCGGUGCCUCCAUGAUCCUGAGUGUUCCUGUGCCACUGCCCCUGUCCAGCAGCACGCGCAUUAGUCCCGCCCAGGGGGCCGAAGCCAAUGGGGCCGAGGGCGCCUCCUCGGACGACCUGCUGCCGGAUGCGGAGACCAUCACGAAUGUGUCCGGCUUCCUGAGCAGCCAGCAGCUCCACCACCUAAUCGAGCUGUUCGAACGCGAGCAAAUCACCCUGGACAUUCUGGCCGAGAUGGGCCACGACGAUCUCAAGCAGGUGGGCGUCUCCGCCUACGGUUUUCGCCACAAGAUACUCAAGGGCAUUGCGCAGCUAAGGUCCACCACAGGCAUUGGCAACAAUGUGAAUCUGUGCACUUUGCUAGUGGAUCUGCUGCCGGACGACAAGGAGUUUGUGGCCGUCGAGGAGGAGAUGCAGGCCACGAUUCGUGAGCAUCGGGACAAUGGUCAGGCUGGCGGUUACUUCACUCGCUACAACAUCAUUCGGGUACAAAAAGUACAGAACCGAAAGUUGUGGGAGCGCUAUGCGCAUCGACGGCAGGAGAUCGCCGAGGAGAACUUCCUUCAGUCCAACGAGCGAAUGCUCUUCCACGGCAGCCCCUUCAUCAACGCCAUCGUGCAGCGCGGGUUCGAUGAGCGCCACGCCUACAUUGGCGGGAUGUUCGGUGCUGGCAUUUAUUUCGCCGAGCACAGCUCGAAGAGCAAUCAGUAUGUCUAUGGAAUUGGCGGCGGCAUUGGCUGUCCCUCGCACAAGGACAAGUCCUGCUACGUGUGUCCCAGACAACUGCUGCUGUGCCGAGUGGCCUUGGGCAAAUCCUUCUUGCAGUACAGCGCCAUGAAGAUGGCUCACGCACCGCCAGGACACCACUCGGUGGUGGGAAGACCCUCGGCGGGUGGACUGCACUUUGCCGAAUACGUUGUCUAUCGGGGCGAACAGUCUUAUCCGGAGUACUUGAUAACGUACCAAAUCGUGAAGCCCGAUGACAGCAGUAGCGGGACGGAGGAUACGAGAUGAUGGAUGCCCUCUGUUGGCUCCACGCCCACAACCACAUCGCCAGCGCUGCACCAGCCACACCCACAACAGUAUCACCCACAUCAGCAGCAGUCGCAGCAGCAGCAACAGCAGCAGCACCAGCAACCACAACAACAACAGAAGCCACCGCCACAACAGCAGACCUCAGCUCCUCCAGUUGCCAAGAGGCGGAAGCAUGCCAAACCGUCGCUGCAGUUGCAGUACCAGCACUAUCAGCCCCAGCAGGUUGCAUCCGCUGCCUCCACUGUGACCACCACCCAACCAGCGCCCGCUGGCGUCUUUACGCACACCAGCAACAAUAACAACAGCACGAGCAGCAGCAGCGGAAAUGUGAAUAAUAACAACAAUGACAUGUCGCCGGUGUCGAACAGCAAUAGUUACUCCUCGGUGGACACCAAUCAGACGCUGCUCAAUUCACUGGCCAACCAGCAGCGCAAUCACCAUCGACAACAGCAGCAGCAGCAGCAGCAGCUGCAAAAUCAGCAGCAGCAGCAGCAGCAACAUCAAGCGAAUCGCAGCCAGCAAAAGUAUAGUCAAUUUAUGAUCAUCACACCCGCCGUAUCCAUAGAUCGAGAAUUUGAGUACGAGUCGCAUUUGGACUUUGAGGAUUUCGCCAAUGCGGCCCACAACAACGGGAAUCUCUUUCGGCUGGGAUUGCGGCGGAGCGACAGCAGCAGCGGCAACGACGACGACAGUGGCCACAGCAGCGACAGCAGCAGUUUCCGCUCGAAUUACAAUCCCUACUUGCACCACAGUCGCCAGCAUUUGCUGACGAAAGGAGGCGCUGGUGGUGGUGGCAAGGGCAAUCACUUUUACGCCUUCACCUCGUCGUGGCGAUGGUGCAGUCUGCUGUGCGCCGCCAUGCGCUGCUUUGGAGCCGGUGGACACGGUGGUGGACAUGGUAAUGCUCCGUACAGCAGCUCCCUGCAACACCAUCGACUGCGGCGCUGUUCGUCGUACAAUGCCGAGAACGCCUACGAACACUUUGCGGCCCCCUUCAAGGCGCGAAAGACGCGCGAUCACAUGAACAACAUCACCUACGAGUUGUGACUGUGACAAUGGCACUACUACGACAUGCUGCUAGUGGUUAUUGAUCUCUUCGUCUCCGUUGGCCUCCCGUCUAUUUUAUUACAAUUACUAGCUAUAGAUGUCGUGUCCUGAGUGUCUCCUUCUCUCUCUAUCUCUCGUUGUUUAUUAUAUUACUCUAUAAUAUAUCACGUAAGGGAUCGAAUCGGAACGAAUCGGAUUAGGUUGGGUUAAUCAAAAGUAACAGAGCACAGUUUUUGAGUGAUUUUAUUCGAAAUACGAUACGAAAAUUGCGAUUAGAAGAGGUUAAACAAAAGUUCUUUGACGAUGAAUGCAUUACAUUACAUUACAUUACGCUCGCGCGUUUAUUUAAAUGUUUAAGCUUAGUUAAUUUAAACAAUAAUUAAAACUCCAAUUAAAUUUAAAUAUACAAAUACAUAUACAUGAAACAAGAA